CAUCUCCCACACCAGCUCUGCUUCUGUUCACUCCUGCAGCUCAACAGAGAAACAAGCAAAAUGCCUGCUGACCUCAACGGCACGUGGGACAUCAUCAGCAAUGAGAAUUUUGAUGCUUACAUGGUUGCACUUGGCAUUGAUUUCGCAACACGCAAGGUUGCCUCUAUGCUGAAACCUCGGAAGGUGAUUAAGCAAGAUGGAGACAAUUUCCAUUUCCAAACCAUCACCACUUUAAAAACCUACGAGUGUUCGUUCAAAAUUGGAGAGGAGUUCGAGGAGGUGACAAAAGGAAUGGAUAACCGGUUGUGUCAGAGUGUGGUGAACUGGGAUAAUGAUAAGCUGGUGUGUGUUCAGAAAGGAGAAAAGAAAAACAGAGGCUGGACUCACUGGGUUCAGGGAAAUGAGCUCCAUCUGGAACUCAAAUGUGAAGGUAAAGUCUGCAAGCAAGUGUUUAAGAGGAUCCAGUGAUGUUGCUUUUUCAAACGCAUUUAAUCCUCCCAUGAGCUGAGAUGUUCUGUUGCUCCAGCUGUCAUCCCUAAUAAAAAGUUAAAUCUC